AUGAAGAGACCAUCAAAGUCAAUAAACGUUGAAGACCGAGAGGAGGUUUUAAUGCUCGGUGUAUAUAUGUCAAAACAUUGUAGAUACUUUUGUGGAUGUGUCGUUAGCUUUAAUUUAAAUGUUGCUGUUGCUAUCAAUAAUAAUAAUUGUUUGGGAAUUAGAAGUAUCGCGGUUAAUCCUUCAAGAACACUUUUAGCUGUUGGAGCAGGAAAUCCUGUUCAAAUUACAAUAUAUGAAUUACCUUCUUUUGAACCAGUAGUUGUAUUCGCGGGACAUAAUGAUUUAGUAUUUUCAGUUGCAUGGAUAGAUGAUUAUCAUGUGGUAUCAGGUUCACGAGAUGGAACAGUUCGUUUCUGGUCUAUGGAAUCCGAGAUAAUUUCAGAAAUGCAAUUACUUCCACAUAAAUAUAUUAAUAUUCAUCAACCUUUGUUAACUCGAACAGAAAGGGGAUGUAAAGUUCGUGAUUUACAAUUUAAUCCAAAUAAUAAGCAAGUUAUGACACUUUCCACAGCUGGAUAUGUUAGAAUAUGGGAUGCUUCAUAUCUUAAUCAAGUUUUAAAUUUGUUUGUAGUUGGAUCUCAAGCACAUAUUUCAGUAUUAGAUCCAAGAACUACAUCAAUAGUCCAUGAAAUUGAUUCAGUUGAUGAUGGUUGGGGUUUUGGACGUUUGUCUUUUUAUGAUAUGCGAGCACAAAAAUAUUUGGAAUUCCCAACGAAAGCCGAGAAUAAUGAAACUUCUCUAGUUAACAAAUAUAAAGAGACUGGAUCCGGAUGGCUGCAACAUGAUAGUGUAUAUAUAAAUCAUUUUGCAGGAUUUGCUUUACAAAAUGCAAUUUAUACACUUUCAUAUAAUCAAUCAGGUACUAAAUUAUUUACUGGAGGUGGACCAUUACAACUUGGAUUGAAAGGUUCUUAUGCUGCUGUGUGGUCUUAA